AAAAAUAGAAACUAGUGAGACCAGCUGAACUCCCUCCCGAUUGAAAGCACGACAUCUGUUCCUCUGACGUGGUAUAGAAUAGGAUAGUACUGUUCCCCACCCUCGAGGCUGCCCGAAUCUGUCACUGUCCGUGGUCUUGUCGCAACGCAGAAUGGUUGUCGAUACCACCUACUACGAUGCCCUGGGGGUUCCUCCCACGGCCACAGAGCUCGAAAUUAAAAAGGCAUAUCGCAAACUGGCCAUCGUUACUCACCCGGAUAAGAACCCUGGUGAUGAAACCGCGCAUGAGCGGUUCCAGGCGAUCGGUGAAGCCUAUCAAGUCCUCAGUAACCCGGACCUUCGCAAGCGUUAUGAUACCCAUGGCAAGGAAGAGGCGGUCCCCGACCAUGGAUUCGAGGAUCCUAACGAGUUCUUCGGUAUGAUCUUUGGUGGUGAUGCCUUUUUGGACCUUAUUGGUGAAAUCUCCCUACUCCAAGACUUGACUACUCGAAUGGAAAUUACAACGGAGGAUGCGGAGCACGAGGACCUCGCUGCAGCAACUGAAGAGAAACUGGAUCUGAACGAUGAGGAAGACAAGGCUUCCUCACCCAAACCCGCGGGUGAGGGCAAGACUGCCGCGACGUCGGCGUCCGGCUCCGGGACCAGCACCCCCCGCCGCUAUUUGGGCCAACAGGCCCUCAUGGACAAGUCGGAUGAAGAAAUACGCAUGCAGGCGGCUGGUGUGUCGCAGGAGGAACGAGAUCUAAGGAAGAAGGAAAAGAAGAAGGGAGGUCUGACUCGCGAACAGCAUGAGCGGCUUGAGGCCUUUGAGAUGGAGAGAAUUAAAGCACGCGAAGAGCGAGUGGAGAUGUUGGCUACGAAGCUUAUUGACAAAAUCAGCGUCUGGACUGAAACUGAUAAGGGGACCGACGUGACGCGUGCCUUCGAGGAAAAAAUUCGCCUCGAGGUGGAGAACCUAAAAAUCCAGUCGUUCGGGAUCGAGAUCCUGCACGCCAUUGGUGCCACAUAUGUUUCCAAGGCGACGUCUUUCCUCAAGUCUCAGAAGUUUCUCGGUAUUUCAGGAUUCUUCUCCAGGCUGAGGGAUAAGGGCACUCUUGCUAAAGAAGCCUGGACUACCAUCUCGACCGUCAUCGAUGCGCAGCUGACAAUGGAGGAAAUGGCGAAGUUAGAAGAGAAGGGAGGAGAGAACUGGACAGAUGAGAUGAGGGCGGAGUAUUCCGUGAAGGUUACCGGAAAGCUUCUUGCAGCCGCCUGGCGUGGCAGCAAGCUUGAAAUCCAAAGCGUACUACGAGAUGUUUGCGACAAGGUCCUGGGCGACAAGAAGAUUAAAUUGGAGAAGCGUAUUGAGCGUGCUCAUGCCAUGAUCAUUGCUGGCAAUAUCUACUCAAAGGCAGAGCGGGAUCCCGACGAGGAAGGGGACUACAUGGCUUUUGAGCAGCUUAUGGCUGACGCCAUGGCAAAGAAGGGCAAAGACGACAAGAAAAAGAAGAAGCACGAGUCAGCCGAAGCGUCCGCCCGCAAGUCUGAUUCGUGAUUGCUUCACCUCCGUGUCCCGUCAUUUUACCCUUCUUCAGACCCCCUCCCCUCCUUUCACCUGACAUUUCAGCUAUUCCCCCUGUGCUAUUGGAUAUAGGAUGUUGCAAGAUGUAUUCCAUAUUGUAGCGAAUUGCUAUCCCUCCCUUUGACGAGCGUGCGUUUUUACUUCGGUAUAUUAUAAUUAGAUCUCAACGAAAUACUGGUUUGUUUCGAUCUCAAAUACGUAUUGAUCGUGUAUGUACGAUCCUAGUCACAGAGUAGUUGAAG